CCCGGUCAUCUGGUCACCUGGUUGGGCCGAGCCACACGUUGAACCGGCCAUGCAAUGGACCCGGUGGAAUCCGGUUCAACCCGACAGGUUUUGAUAAAAACCAGUGACCCGGCCGAGUGAUUUGACCCGGUCCGGGUGGUGCAAUUUUUUUUUAUUAUCCUAAACGGCGUCGUUCUAAUCAUCCCCCUCUUCCGUUGAAACUGAAAUGAAACCCUAGGCUAUCCCCCUUCCUCCAUUGCCUCACAUCUCCCUAAUGGCAUCUGAGACAAAUCUCUGGAGAGUUGAGUGUCUGAGACUCUGAGUUCAUCAAUCGGCCUCACCAGUCACCGCCGAACCCUCACCAGUCACCGCCGAUACCCCCCCGAAGCCAACCUCGUCUCUCCAUCGGCAGUCCCUCACCCUCACCCUCACGGCCUUACUAGAUGUAAUUGAAAAAUAUUCAUAUGAUGAUCCAUAAUUGAAUACUAAGUUGACAAGUGAGAAGAGAAUAUAUUCUAAUGCUGAAGAUGAUUUUGGAAGACAAUUUGCACUGCAUGAAUGAAGCACAGUGAUGCCAGACCAAUGGUGGGAAUCUUAUGGAACUGGAGCACCAAAUUUACAAAAGUUAGCCAUUCGUGUUUUAAGUCAAACUUGUAGUUCUUUUGGUUGUGAGCGAAAUUGGAGUAUUUUUGAACACAUCCACACAAAGAAGAGGAAUCGGUUACAAUAUCAAAAGCUUAAUGAUCUUGUUUUCGUUCAUUAUAACUUGAGGCUACAACAAAGGAAUCUAAUGAGAAAGCAAAGCUAUGAUCCAAUUUGUCUUGAUACAUUUGAUGACCAUUCGGAUUGGAUAUUGGAAGAUUCACCGCCGUUUUUAACUCCUGAAGAGGUUGAUGCUCUACGAAAUGAAUUGGCAAAUAUGUCCAUUCAACCAACUUUGGAUGAUCUUGAUCAAUUAAAUUUGGAAGAUGACCAAGAUAAUGAUGGACCAAGUAACAAUGCUAUGGAAGAUAUGGAUACAAAUCAAAAUGAGGAAAAUGUUGAUCAAGCUCCUAAUUUGCCCUAUGAAGAUGUUGAUGCCGACUUUGAGUUCACCCCUUGGACGUGAUUUAAUGAUUGUGUUAUCUUUAACUUGCUCUUAUUGAUUUAAAUUGAGAACAUAUUUUAUACUAGAAACUAGUUUAUUAACUCUUCUUUUAGAUUAUUAGUUAUAUUUGAGACUUGAUAUUUGAUUAUUAAUGUUUGUAAGACUCGCAUUUUAAGUUUUAAGACUUUAUUUCAAUUUUAUUAAUAUAA